AUGGCCGCAAGAUCAAUUAUGAGCCAUGGCUCCGAAACGCUAGACCUAUUCACGUGCCGGUCGCAGCCCAAAAUCGAGAUUGAGCUGGUCGGCCAGGUCCCGGGUCUCGUCAACUCAUAUACCACCGGCGACCUGAUCGAGGGCACAGCGAAAAUCACUGUGGACCACGAAACACGCUUUGACAAAGUUGAAAUCAUGUUCCAAGGCACAUCGCACACGGCCGUCGAGCGGGCAUCGUGCCCCGGCCGUACAGGGUCACAGCAUAUGUUCCUCAAGCUCCGCCAGCCAAUCGAGGAGUCUGAAUAUCCCUUCCCCCGGAUUCUGGAGGCAGGCCGCUCAUACGACUUUCCGUUCACAUUCGUCGUGCCAGAUCGUCUCCUGCCGCAGGUCUGCACCCACGCACGAACCAAUGUUCACAUUCACCAUGCGCACACCAUGCUUCCACCGACACUAGGGGAUCCUAUGAUUGCAGGCAAUGGGAAAACCCUGCUGGAUGAUAUGGUGCCCGAUAUGAGUCAAAUCUCAUAUAUUGUUCGGGCGGCUGUUCUAAAGAGAUCUCGAACGGACUCGCACAACCUUAAGACCCUGGCGAACCUUGCAAAGAAGGUUCGCAUUAUCCCGACUGUGGAGGAGGAGCCUCCGAUCAAUGUUGUCGACCACCCCGUCUACUGCACGCGAAAGGAGAAGAAUGUUAAGCGCGGGUUCCUGCGAGGCAAGCUCGGCCGACUGCUUGCUUCUGCGCCGCAGCCGAAGCCAAUUCGCUUGCUUCCCCCGAGCUGCGAGUCCAGCGAUACAGUCAGCACUAUGACAACGGUACAGCUCCGGUUCGACCCUGUUGAUGACGAGCAGCCACCCCGGCUCGGCUCGAUGACUAGCAAGAUCAAGGCUAGCACCUUCUACAGCGCAGGCCCCUGGGAUGAUUUCCCUUCGCAGUCUAGCACCGCGGCCUUCUCCCAGACUGGCCGGGGCCUCUUUACCGAGUCUGUUCCACUCUCCAACAUGUGCGUCGGCUCCGCGAAAUGGGUCAAGCACUCUGCAUCGACCGAGUGUGAGCGCCGCGACUCCCUGCAGUCCACUACCUCGGAUGAUUCAACCGUCUCAUCGGCUUCCUUCUCGGGCGACACCUACUACACAGCAUCAGUAGUGGUGCCUAUCAGCCUCCCGAGCAAUAAAACCUUCGUCCCGACCUUCCACUCCUGCCUGAUGUCUCGCACCUACUCGCUCGAGCUAUCGUUGACCUACCACACCCCGAGCACAAACGUCCUCACGCCUACCAUCUCUCUCCGUUUGCCCAUUCAGGUCAUUACUCCAAAGUACGUCGAAUCGUUCAAGUCUGAUUUAGGCAUGAGUGUGACACAGGAAGAACUGGACGAAUUCUUCCAGCCGCACUCGGGGGCUCCCCGCAGCGAACCGGUUGUCGAUGUCAGCCUUGGGCCUCCUGGGUACUCGGAGACGGUCCUCAGCUCGCGUUUUAGAGGCGUGCGGGCUACACAUUGA